AUGGGUGAAGCACGGCUUUUGCACAGAUCCGUUCUACACAGAUCAGCAGAAGGGACAGUACUGCGGCAAGGCAUGCAAUCUGUCAGCUUCAUCGUUGACUGACGGCUUUGUCCUGUAUGUUCCUUGUUUCCGGAAGUCUAAGUGUAACCUUAGACCAAUUCCGGUGAAUAAAUGA